AUGAUCAAUAACUUACAGUCUUUUUCAACUGCUCAAGAAAUAUGGAAUUAUCUAAAGCGCAUUUACAACCAGGACAAUUCGGAAAAACAUUUUCAGCUGGAGUUAGAAAUAGCCAACUACAAACAAGGUGAUUUGUCUAUUCAAGAAUACUAUUCUGGUUUUUUAAAUCUCUGGGCAGAACACUAUGCUAUUAUACAUGCUAAUGUUCCCAAGACCUCUCUCGCGGCUGUUCAAGAGGUUUACAACACAAGUGUUCGAGAUCAAUUUCUCAUGAAAUUACGUCCAGAAUUUGAGGUUGUCAGAGGUGCCUUGCUGAAUAGGAAUCCUGUUCCUUCUUUAGAUACAUGUGUUGGAGAACUUCUAAGGGAGGAACAACGUCUUAUUACUCAAUGA